AUGGUGGUCACCAGACAUCACACGCCAACGCAACAAGAACCAAGGGCGAGCAUGCUGACGGGUGCCAGCGCGUACGGCGGUGGGGUUGGCGCACUCUCCGGCAACCACGAAGGUCAUGGCGCCUCUGCGCAAGAGAUGGUUGUUGGCUCACCGAACUCACAAGAGGUCGCAGAACUGCCCGGUGAGUGUGCCUCUCGCCAGGGGCAAUGCUCCCUCGUCCUUCCCUACCGUCAGCCCUCUCCAGAGACUCAGAAGCUCACCGCCACAUGGCAGGGUGCACUCCCGAAGAGCUUCUACCUCAUCACAGCGUGCGUUCUGGGGUGUGCGCUGACCAUCUUCAUCGGCAUACUGGUCCCGAUGCUCGUCAUACGCCAAAGCGCCAACGUGCACAGUGCCGUGCUCCGGGCGAAGGAGCACGACGCCGUUAGUGCAUGGGCUUCCGUGUUGCGCGGCGUCAUGAUCGAAGGCUUCGCCGCAGCGCGUGCGUUGGCGGGCUAUUCGAUAAGCACGUUCCCCGCUCUGCAGACGCCCACGAAUGCGUCUGACUCGAUACCAAGCGACCAGAUCACGGCGUACCUGAAAAGGUUUCCGCGUUUUGCAUCCCUGAUCGCCUCGAGGAAGCCCGCCGUGGCGAUACAGGCCAUCUGCCCCAGCGGAGUCAUCGCCAUGACCCACCCGCACGAUCCGGACUCAGUCGGCCGCGACCUCAUGAGCCCAAGCGACCCGACCAAUCGGUACAAGCCCUCCACAACGGAGACCGCUCAGUCGGGUCGCUACGCCAUCGUUGGCCCGCGACGCACCACCAUCGCCUCCCUCAAGCAAAUCUGGGUCAUCUUUACGCGCGCGCCCCUCUACAGGAAUACCUCUAACGGUGUGAUUCCCUCGCUGGAGACCUUCUGGGGCUUCGUGCUACUCGUCGUCAACGUGACAGGCGCGCUCGACGUUAUGGAUCUGGACAGGCUUGCCGAGGCCCGUAACCUGGACUACGUGCUCUACGACGCUUCAACAGAGGCAAGUGACACGCACGUGAUCGCCUCCUCGCUGCCAUCGGGCACAAUGCAGCCGGACUACGAGCAAUUCAUCGCUGAAAGCACCGUCACAGACGUCCUGGCACCCCACUCGUCGCUGCAUAUUGCGGUGCGCUCACGCGAGACGUUCGUCUCCCUCACUCCCACCAACAUCAUCCUCAUCGUAAUGUGGACACUGUUCGGCUCCCUGCUCCUGUUGGGCAUCGCCAUCGCAGCCGUGUUGUGGUGCACGGCCACCCACGACACCGCAGCGCACGCGCCCAAGAUGGCACCCUUCGCCAUGCUCACCAUCGGCCCCUGCCGCGGCGAGGAGCUCUGGGACCUUGCGUCGGAUCAGAUGGUAGAGGUGACGGAGCGUCUUGGCCAUGUCCUGGCUCGGCAGAUGGUACGCCAUCACGCCUACCAGAUCCAGCAGGUGCACCCGCUCACCACAUCGUACGUCACGCGCAGCGUCGCCGCCGCUGUGAAGAUGGCCUUCAGCACCAUCGAGGAGCUGCAGCGCCACCCCAUCGACGGCCCGCUGCGCGCCGUGCUCGGUGAUGAGGUCCGCCUGCUGCUGUCCUACGCCGUGCACUGGUGCACCGACGCCGCCGUGCGCGUGGAAUCGCUGGAAGGCACGUACCGCUACGAGGGUCCCGACGUCGUGUACGGCGGCCGCAUGUGGGCCUUUGCCGCGCCCAGCGUCGUCACGGCGUCCGAGGCGGUGGUGCAGACACUGCCGUGCUUCGGCCUCUCCGGCACUGUCACGCGAGCGUACCAGACGGUCGACGUGAUGCGCACCACACGAGCCAGUCACACCGACGGCAGCGAGGCAGGCAUCAGGAAUGCAUCCAGCCCAAUCGGUGGGGGCGGCAGCGCGACGCUGUACCUACUGUUGCACGCAGCGAAGCCAGAUCUCGUGGCGGGAGCGGAGGCAACCGCAGCCGCCGCGGCCCCUGGGGCGAUGGCGCCUCAACUCAUGGUUGAUAACGCUCCAGCGCCCAGCCUCUACUGCGGGCCGAUAGCGAGUGGGAACUCGCCGAGCUUGGAAGCAGGGGCGGCUGUGUCCAGUCUGCAGGAUGGGUCCGCGCGAUCGCCGGAAAUCGAGUCCUCUGCGUCCAGCGCCUGGAGCUGCGCGACCUUGACCAAAGGGAGCUCGAGAGCGGCCAAGGCGUCACAGCGCCGUGAGCGUGCAGCAGUCGAAAGGAGCGCCAGUGCUUGCAAUCCUUUAAGCCGCGGGGAUUCGCACACGGAACCGCAGGCCUUGGUGCAGCAGCAGGCUCUUGCAAAACACAACGCGGCCUCGACCCCAGAGCAGCAUAGUCUUGUGCUGAUUGAAGCGGACGCCGUCACACGUGCGCUGCUGCAGCCGCUGAUCCCACGCGCGCUCGAUGUCGCCCUGCGCGUCGCCUUUGACUACCAGUCCAUCACCCUCGAUGUGCGCUACGCCGAGGCGCGGGUGCUGGUCUACUACUUCUACUCCAGCUACAAGAUCCUGUUCCGCCCGCUGGCAGCGCCGGAGCGCCACAACAUCUUCCGCCGCCUGGUGACAGCCUUUGGUGUGCCGCAGCAGGGCAUCCUCGAGCACCUGGCCGCGCGCGGUGCGGUGCAGUGGCUGUCGCAGGUGCGCAAGAUCACCGGGCUCAUUCAUCGACAAGGCUCUCUGGAAUGCAGUAGCCAAACAGAAAGCUCGUCAGUGACCCCGUCUCCGUGUGACAGUCUCCAGGGGGCGCAACUGCUGCGUUUCUAG